ACACCCUUCGUUAAAACCUCACAAGGCAAUGCAGACAGUGAGACUACAUAAAUAGUGAAUGAAGUGGAGGUUGAUCACCCCAAUUUCUUUAUCUUCAUCACAGUUUCUCUUCUAUCAAGAUUUCAACUUUCAAUCUGCCUGUUUGUAGUGAUUACUGGCUUAAGUUGUAGUUUUACAAUGGCUUACAUUCCUGCGCACAAGCGGCCACUGCCAACUCCUGAGCUGCUUGCUCCUCAGUUCUGGAAACAAGGGAUGCAUACUGUCUUCUCUGCUGAUACUAGACCCACAGCUCCCGCUGCUGCUCGUGGCGGUCGUCCUGGUACCUUCCGUGGUCGUGGCAAAGGCUAUAGAGGCAUAAGUGGUACUUCUGGAAUGGGUUACGUUCCACCACACAAGUGGCACUCGAAGGAAUCGGAGAGGCCAUUGCUGACUUCAGAGCUGCGUGCUCAACGAUUCAAGAAAAACUUAUAUGCCAAGCCAUAUAACAAGUCUAAUGUGGAUUGGACUCGAAGAAUAGCUAUUGCAGACCAUUCUACAUAUCGAUGGUGCGCCGCUGCUGCUCGUGGGGGUCGUCCUGAUACCUUGCAUAGUCGUGGCAAAGGCUAUAGAGGUUUUCGUGGUGGCAUAACUGCUCGUUCUGGAAUGGCUCACAUUCCACCACACAAGCAGCACUCGAAGGAAUAUGAGAGGCCAUUGCUGACUUCAGAGCUGCAUGCUCAACGAUUCAAGAAAAACUUAUAUGUCAAGCCAUAUAACAAGUCUAACGUGGAUUGGACUGGAAGAAUAGCUCAUGCAGACCAUUCUACAUAUAGAUGGUGCGCCGUUGGUUUGGGUGAGAAGAACCAAUUUCCGCCUUCUGUUAAUCUUAAGCCCAUUUGCUUGUACUCCACUGAGCCGAAAGUUGAGGAAAAUCGUCUGGCUUUAUUCAACACUAGUCUAGAUGAUGGAGGCAGUGAGUUGAAAUGGAAUUCGCCAAGGAGCCCUGGGGUAUCUAUAGCAGAAAAUGUGCUGGCAGACUUGGUUUCUUCUAUUAAACACAUGAGGAAUGAAAUGAAGUGCGCACAGCUCAAAGAAGGAAAGCCUACUUUGCUUGCUAGAGUGGGGAAAGUACUUUUUCUUAGGAGGCCUUUAUUUAACAUGGAAGCCAUCAGAACAAGUUUGUCUACUGAAAUCUUGAAACAAUGGAGACAAUUAUUGUACACAAACAUUCCUGUUUCAUAUAAGGAAAGGAUUGAGAACGAAGUUGUCCCAAAAAUUGGAGUUGAUUUCGAAGGGGAGAAAGAUACAUACCAAGUAAAGUUGUCUGAUUCCACCAGGCCAGAUGCAACUCUCUCCUGCAAAUGCCGUGUAAUGAAAGAACAUGGAAAGCUACAACUCUACAAGAUUGAACUGAAUCAACUGCGUAACAUGGUCGUGGACAUUUCAUGCACGACCAAAAAUCUGGACCUGAGACUGAUGCUAAACACAAAGAGACUCGUCACAGAUCUGACUGACGAUGAGAUGCAAAGCAUUCGGGAUCUGAUUAAUUCCGCGAUUAUAGAUCCAGAUGUAAAGGGCGGGUUGAGAUGGCCUUCGGGAAAGGAUUCUUCCGGAGAUAAAUACAAAGUUGAUGGGGUCUGGCACUUAAUAGCUAAUACGUACAAAAAUUCAUCGUUCAGACUGAAAGUCAGACGUGCGGAUCGAUUUGAUUAUAGAACCCUAACUGGGACCGUUACUUGGGAGACAAUUCUGAUGUUGAAAAGGGUCCUGUCAAAGUUACAGGAAGAGAAUGCCGAAGCCAGCUCGGUUUCUGAGAUACUGAAGGAAGACAUGCAGCUGAUAUGGGACAACUUCUUGAGCUGUGAAGGAUUCCUGACGUGAAACUGCAUGUUGUAAAUCAGUGAUUUGCUUUAAUUUAUUAGGUGUUUGUGAUAUCAGGAUGUUAAAACUUUUGUAGUCGUAGUUAAGUGCUUAUUGGGAGACUGAUUUGCUUUGCUUAAUUAGGUGUUUGUGGUAUGAGGAUAACUUUUGCUUGA